AUGACGGUCCUCGACGACAAGCAAAUACUGGCCCGCCGCCAGGCCCAGGCUCGGGCCGAUGCGCAGACGCGACAGCAGAGAGAGGCGUCCUCUGGCGCUGCUGGGCCGGGCAGCACAUCGGAAGAGUCUCUCAUCACGGAUGGCUUCAUCAUUCCUGACCUCGAGGUACCUGACGAAGCCCCGCCAGCCUAUGGCGACCAGCCCGACAAGGUUACGUUUUCACAACCCGGCUUUCAAGCAGAUGCCGCCGUCACAGGCGAUGGCCGUGUCAGCAUUAACAUCAGCACCAAGAGUCGCCGGCUCGCGGAGCUUCUCGCCCCCGUCGUCGACAGACAAGUCGCCGUUGCCGAGUCCCAGGAGCCUCUCCCCCCAGCUUACAUCCCGCCCAGCCUCGGCGGUCAGCCCGGCCAGACGCCGCCGCCGGCGCUCAACAUUGUCAUCCAGAUUGUCGGCUCCCGCGGCGACGUCCAGCCCUUUGUCGCCCUCGGCAAGACGCUGCGCGACACCUACGGCCACCGCAUCCGCAUCGCUACCCACGCCACGUUUCAAGCGUUUGUCGAGGAGAAUGGCCUCGAGUUCUUCAACAUUGGCGGCGACCCCGCCGAGCUCAUGGCCUUCAUGGUCAAGAACCCGGGGCUCAUGCCGGGCUUUGACGCCCUCAAGAGCGGCGAGGUGAGCAAGCGGCGACGGGGCAUCGAGCAGAUUCUCAUGGGCUGUUGGCGGUCGUGCAUCGAGUCAGGAGAUGGUACAGGGCCUCCGCCGAAGCCCCAUGCGCGGUAUGCGCCGCUGAGUGGUUCUUCGCAGGAUGUGGCUGGCAACCCGGCCGAACGGCCCUUUGUGGCCGAUGCCAUCAUUGCGAAUCCGCCCAGCUUUGCACAUAUCCAUAUUGCAGAAAAGUUGGGUAUUCCUCUACACAUGAUGUUCACUAUGCCGUGGACCCCGACGCGAGCUUUUCAACACCCCCUCGCCAACAUUCAAUCUAGCAACCUCGACGAUACCCUUACCAAUAACUUGACUUAUACCCUCGUCGAAAUCAUGACCUGGCAAGGUCUCGGCGAUGUCAUUAACCGCUUUCGUGAAAAGGCCCUCGAGCUACCCGAGUUAUCACCGCUGUGGGCUCCUGGCCUGUUGACGCGACUCAGGAUAUCAUACACAUACUGCUGGUCGCCUGCCCUCAUCCCGAAGCCCAACGACUGGGGCAACAAUAUCGACGUGUCUGGCUUUUACUUCCUGGAUCUUGCUUCUUCCUACACGCCCGAGCCGGAGCUCAACGCCUUCCUUAACGCUGGCCCACCGCCCGUCUACAUUGGCUUCGGCUCCAUUGUCGUUGACGACCCGAACGCUAUGACGCGUAUGAUUUUCGACGCCAUUCAUCUUGCUGGUGUUCGUGCCCUCGUGUCCAAAGGCUGGGGCGGUCUGGGGGCCGACGACGUCGGCCUACCGGAGGGUGUCUUCAUGCUCGGUAACGUGCCCCAUGACUGGCUGUUCCAGCGAGUCUCUGCUGUCGUGCACCACGGCGGUGCGGGAACCACAGCUGCCGGUAUCAAAGCCGGCAAGCCGACCUUUGUUGUGCCAUUCUUCGGCGAUCAGCCAUUCUGGGGCUCCAUGAUUGCAAGAGCGAAUGCGGGCCCAGAACCCGUUCCGUACAAGGAACUGACAGCUGAGAAGCUGGCCGAGGCCCUCAAGAAGUGCAUCGAGCCAGAAACACUGGAGCAAGCCAAGAUUCUAGGCCAGAAAAUCAGAGAAGAAAAAGGUACCGAUGAGGGCGGAUACAGUUUCCACAAACACCUCGAUAUAGACAAGUUGCGCUGCUCUGUCGCGCCUAGCCGUGCAGCUGCAUGGCGUGUGCGUAGGACCAAGGUUCGACUAAGCCCACUCGCAGCCACUGUACUGGUUGAGAACAACGUUAUCAAAUACACGGAUCUGAAGCUGUAUCGCGCAUGCGAGUUCAACACCGAGGACCAGCCCACAGAUCCAAUCUCUGCCGGCGCGGCGGCCAUCGUGCUGUCUCUUGGAACAAUCGGUUUGGCUAUCGCUGAUAUGCCGAGAGACCUGUGGAAAACGCACAAGAAAUACAAGAAGGACAGCGACAGUAUCUCCAGACCAACAGAGUCAACUAGCCAGCUCUCUCAAAGUGACCUGCACCCGUUGGUUUCGCGAGAUACGAAUACUUCUCAGUCUUCCCUGCAUUCGGCACACACCCCAGACACGCCACCAAGCACUGGUGUCCGGACACCAACAGGGCAGAGAGAUUCGCACGAGGCGAUGUCGUCCCCCAGACAAAGAAGUCUUCGCGAAGAGAACAUGUCACCAGGUGCGGGAUUUAGUAUGGAGAGUGCCGUGGGCACGGCUAGAGGUGUCAACAGGAUCAUCGAGGCGGGUGUCAAGUCGCCCAUGAACUUCUGCCUCGGCCUGGCCAAGGGAUUCCGCAACAUGCCGCGCCUGUACAACGACGACCUGGUGCGCCCCGUCGAGAAGGUCACCGACUUGUCUUCCGGCAUCAAGGUCGCCGGAAAGGAGCUUGGCUAUGGCUUCUUUGACGGCAUCUCGGGCUUGGUCAUGCAGCCCUUGCACGGCGCGGAAAAGGACGGCGCCGUCGGCCUCGUCAAGGGCUUUGGCAAAGGCAUCGGCGGCCUGAUCCUGAAGCCCGCGGCCGGCAUCUUUGGUCUUCCCGGCUACGCCAUGCAGGGCGUUCACGCCGAGUUUGGCAAGCACAUGAGCCGCAGCAUCCACAACUACAUCAUUUCAUCCCGCGUCAAGCAGGGUGAGCUCGCUAUGACGCAAUCCUCCGAGGGCGAGCGCGAGGAUAUUUUGCGUCGCUGGAACACGGUAAAGUUUGAUCUCUCAAGCUUUUACGACCUCAAGCGUAAAAAGGGCGGCACUGAAGGGCCGUUCCCGCCGCCACCGCCCCUUCCUACUGACGACAACAGCGACACCGUCUCGAUCAUGGACAAGGGCUUCUCCAAGCCCCGUACGGGCUGGCUCCAGACGCGCCAUCUAUCAUCGGCGCAGCGAAAACGCAUGCAGGACGAAAAAGAAACCUGGAAGCGGGGCUACGUGGAGGCCCUGGUGCCUGUCACGCCGCCUGCUACUGCGGCGGCUGCCAAGGCAACCAACAAGUCCCAAGAGGAGGAUGAGGUGGAGCGAGCCAUUCAGGCGUCCGUAAGGGAAACAUCACACGGCAACCCAGAGGAGGACGCCGAGAUUGAAACUGCUAUUCGUGAGAGUCUUCGUGUCAUGCGCCAGAGUGGCGCUCUCCCUGCGACGGGCUGGAUCGACGAAAAGAACACUCGCAAUGCUGACCCGUCCAUCUUUGAGGAUGAUGAGUUCAAAAUUACAGACGAAGAAUACCAGGACUUGAUUCAGUCUGCCAUGCGGCAGAGCUUGGCAGAGGAGUAUGGCUACCCUGCCGAGGAGCUCGGCGUUCCCGGACCGUCCUCGUCCUCAUCCUUCACCGGCGCCUCCGCAUCACGGCCGGUCAUUACCGAAGAACCCGCUCCAAUAGAUGAUCUGUACGGCGCACAUGACGACGCACCGAGCUAUCAGCGAGAUACGCCCGCACAAGAGUCGUCUGCGUCACAGCAAGAACCGGUGGAACUCCCCGCACGAGACCCAACAGACGAGGAAGAAUACCAGCUGCAGCGCGCUAUUGCUGCGUCGAAGCAGGAGAUGCAGCGCAAGGAAUCGGAGCGCAACGAGGAGGAUAUUGUGCUGGAAUACAUCAAGAAGCAGAGCCUGGCGGAAGAAGAGUUUAGAAAACGCAGCAAAGGCAAGGAAGUCAAUACCAUUGCAUUGUAG